CUGCCGCUCCGCCGGAAGCUGCAGUGUUCAGUGUUUUCCGUAGUCAUCGUUGUUGUAGCUGGUGACGGCGGCUAGCGGCUCUGUCAGCACAAAGAAAGACUCGACUUCUGUUUGUUUGUUUCGAUAUUUGGGAGUGAAAAAAAAAAUGCCGCUGGAGAAUCUAGAAGAAGAGGGUCUGCCCAAGAACCCCGACCUGAGGAUAGCGCAGCUGAAGUUUCUGCUGACGAUGGACGGACACCGACAGGACGCCAAAGUGAAGAGCGAGCUCAUGGACGCUAUCAGAGCUAACAACAUGGCUCCGUAUUACGAGGGUCUGUGUAAGGACCUGAAGUGGCAGCUGGACGGUGACCUGCUGAGCAAAAUGAAGAAGGCCAACGAGGAGGAGCUGAAGCGCCUGGACGAUGUGCUGGAGGACGCCGAGAAGAACCUGGGAGAGAGCGAGAUACGAGACGCCAUGAUGGCCAAAGCUGAGUACCUGAUCAGGAUCGGAGACAAGGAGGGCGCCCUAACAGCCUUCAGGAAGACCUAUGACAAGACGGUGGCUCUGGGUCACAGGCUAGAUAUCGUCUUCUACCUGCUGAGGAUCGGCCUGUUCUACAUGGACAGCGACCUCAUCACAUGCAACUCUGAGAAAGCAAAGAGCCUCAUCGAAGAGGGGGGAGACUGGGACAGGAGGAAUCGUCUGAAGGUCUACCAGGGCCUGUACUGCGUGGCCAUCAGGGACUUCAAACAAGCUGCUGAGCUCUUCCUCGACACAGUCUCUACUUUCACCUCCUACGAGCUCAUGGACUACAAAACCUUUGUCACCUACACCGUCUAUGUUUGCAUGAUCGCCCUCAAAAGGCCUGACCUCCGUGAAAAGGUAAUAAAGGGAGCAGAGAUCUUGGAGGUGCUGCACAGUCUGCCUUCUGUUCGCCAGUAUCUCUUCUCCCUCUAUGAGUGCCGUUACUCUGUCUUCUUCCAGUCUCUGGCCAUGGUGGAGCAGGAGAUGAAGAAGGACUGGCUCUUUGCACCCCACUACCGCUACUAUGUGAGGGAGAUGAGGAUCCAGGCUUACAGCCAGCUGCUAGAGUCUUACCGCUCCCUCACCCUGGGCUACAUGGCUGAGGCCUUUGGUGUCAGCACAGAGUUUAUUGACCAGGAACUGUCCCGAUUCAUAGCUGCUGGCCGUCUCCACUGUAAAAUUGAUAAAGUGAACGAGAUUGUGGAAACCAAUAGACCUGAUAGCAAAAACUGGCAGUACCAGGAAACCAUAAAGAAGGGAGACUUGCUGCUCAACAGAGUCCAGAAGUUGUCCAGAGUUAUCAACAUGUAAUCGCGGCGGCCAUAUUUUCUCAUUACAGCAAGGGGGACUUGCAUCAUUCUUCUUGUUAUACCCAAACCUGCAGUUUGUCUGACAAAGUGACUCUUAUAUUGUGUAUAUAAUAAAAUUUGUUUAACUGUUGGAAUUG